AUGACCGACACCGCCGUCGAAGCCGCAAAGCGCGCCGCCGCCCAACAAGCUGUGAAAGACCACUUCGACCCGUCAAGCACACAUGUCGGCAUUGGCUCGGGUACUACCAUUGUCUACGUCGUCGAAGCCAUAAAAGAGCGCUCUACCAACCCCAACAUCCUCUUCGUGCCCACGGGUUACCAGUCGCGCCAACUCGUCAUCAACGCCGGUCUCACGCCCAUCAGCUUCGAUUCCCUACCCGACCACAUCAUGCUAGAUGUCGCUUUCGAUGGCGCAGAUGAAGUCGACGCCGAGCUGAACUGUAUAAAGGGCGGAGGCGCGUGUCUAUUCCAGGAAAAGCUAGUCGCCGAGAGAGCGAAGAAAUUCGUCUGUGUUGCGGACUACAGGAAGAGGCAGGACCGUUUGCUCACCAUCUGGCCCACCAUUCCCAUCGAGGUCGCACCCCUGUCGCAAAGAAAAGUCGUGGCUGCACUUAAACUGCUCGGUUCACCAAACCCGACGCUGAGGACCACGCUGCUGGAGAAGUCGGGACCCCUUAAGACGGACCAGGACUUCUACAUUGUCGAUGCGCCGUUCAAGACGCUGCUUACUGCGGCGGAUGUUAAGGCAGGAAAAGGCAAGGGUGAUGGAACGGACGGCACUUGGGAGGUCAAGGCGAUUAGCAAGGCGAUCAAGGGCUUGACUGGUGUGUUGGAGGUGGGCAUUUUUGCUGGGCUGAAUGGUGUUGAGGCGCAAGAGCUGCGCGCGCAAGACAAGUCCGUCAGUGCAGUCAUGGGUGGCCAGAAGCCCAUUGCCGUAUACUUUGGCAUGGCAGAUGGCUCCGUCAAGCUACGAACGGCAGAGGGCGAACAAUGA